GAUCUGGAAUCCCUUGACACCUAUAUCCAGAACACACUGUCUUCCCUCUACCCACCUUUUGAGGCCACGGCAGCCACGGUGCUCUGGCAGCUGUUCAGUGUGGCUGAGAGGCUCCACGGUGGGGAUGGGCUGCGCUGCCUCACUGACUUCCUCAUUCCAGCCAAGAAGGUCCUACAAUACCUGCAGCAGGAAGCCUGUGCCAGGUACACAGGCCUCAUCUUCUUCCAUGAAGGCUGGCCACUGUGCAUCCAUGAGAAGGUCGUGGUGCAGCUGGCAUCCCUCCGCGGAGUUAGGCUCAGGCCUGGGGACUUCUAUCUACAGGUCACAUCAGUGGGGAAGCAGUCAGCCAGACUGGUUUUAAAAUGCCUCUCUCAGCUUGGACGGGGCUCAGAAGAAGUUACUGUCCCUGAGGCCAUGUACAGCUGCGUCUUCACAGGAGAGUUCCUGGAACAGCUGAACGGGGAGCGGAACGGUGUCCCCUUGCAAAACUGCUUGCUGACCUCAGGCUCCGCCGUCUUCCGCACCCCAUGGAGCAGUGUCACAGACCCCAUCUUUGUCCCAACAUUCAGGACCGCCCUGCCCCACCGCAGCUGCCCCAGGCCUGAGCAGCCACCACCUAGAAGUGCCUCCAAAGCUCUGGCCCCAGCACCAGUCAUGGCCAGCACUCGUCCCCAUGAGAGUACCCCUCCCAGUGACACCCCCACCGUGCCCCACUGUGGUGGGCAACCCGGCAGUGACCAGCCCAUCCACCAGCCUUCCGCAGGAAGGGCUGGGUGGGAAAACCCUAGAAGCACGUUCUGGAGCUCUGACGGAGGCCUUGUAGGGGUUGGGCCCUCAGAGCCAGGCUUGUGGGAAGGACCAGGAGAGAGCCUGGACCCCACAGACAAAAGAGACGGUCCCCAGGCCCUCACUGUCCGUGAGGACAUGGGCAGCCCAAGCUCCAGAAGGCAGUCACCCAGGGACCCAGCCUGCACGGAGGCCAGACGUUGGUUUAGGAAGUCCUAUAUGGAGGCCCUGCGGAACCCCAUGCCCCUGGGCUCCAGUUCCGAAGAGUCCCUUGGGGAUGAGGCCUGCAGCUCCGAGACCAUAGGGGCUGGGGCAGCAGCCAGCCGAACCCAGAAGGAGACCCCCAGCCUCUGGGGAGACCACAGGGAGAUCUCAAGUCAGGAAAGCCAUCCAGGAGCCGCUAGGAGCACCCUUCCCAGGCGGUCUCGGUCCUGUGACAGGUCCUUCAGGAGCUCCCGAGGUGAGGCCCGGCGGGCCUCCCACCACUCACUCAGCAACAGGCCUGGAGGUCUUUUAGGAGGACAAGCCGAGGGGACCAGAAGUGCAGGCUCCAGCGGCCCCUCCUGCACCACAGGGGAGAGUCCAGCCAGCGUUCACACCGACAGCGACGCUUUCCGGGCUCGUGCUCCUGGCUGGAUUUCAGAUGCGCUUGUUGAGCCGUUGUGCCCAGAGGGAGAAGGACAGCCGCCCAGCACAGGAGACCUGCCCAAGCAGGUGCCCAGGAACGUGCUGGAGGUCAGCCAGGAGCUCCUGCAGUCCGGGGUCGUCGUCCUCCCAGGGACCCGGGAUCACCAAGGGAGAGCAGUGGUACAGGUCUGCACAACGAGCCCGCUCUGGUCCAGCAGACACAGCUCCAGCGCCGAGCUGACCCGCCUGUUGCGGUACCUCCACGGCAUCCCCAGGAAGGAGGUGCGGGAGCUGGGGCUGGUCAUUCUGGUGGACGCUCGCAAGGGUCCGGCCACGCCUGCUCUCUCCCGGGCCCUGGCAGGACUUCAGAACACAGCUCCUCCCAUAAUUCAUAGUAUUGUGUUCUUGAUGAAUAAAGAAUCAGCAUUUAGGCCUGACAAGGAUGGAAUAAUUCAGUGUGAGGUGGUGGGCUCCCUGAAGGCCUUGCACAAACUUGUUGACAGCUCCCAGCUGACCGCAGACCUCGAUGGCUCUUUCCCCUACAGCCACAGUGACUGGAUCUGCUUCCGUAGGAAGCUGGAGCCCUUUACCACAAACUGUGAGGAUGCCAUUGUUUUCCUGCAAAAUUCAGUCCGAUCCCUAAACACCCACAGGACUCUAAGCACAGCACAGGAGGUCACAGACCUAAUCAGCCAGCACAAGGAGACAAUGAAAUGUGUGCUGGAAGACGCACUGCUGGUCGCCCUCCGCUUGGAGGGUGGCACUGUGCUGGCGCGGCUGAGGAGGGAGCAGCACGGUGCCGGCCAAGACUGCCGGGAUGCCAUCGAGGUUGCCUCCAGGCUGUACGAUCAAGUAGACGAAGAGGUCCACAAGGUGGUCCUUGCCUCCAACAGGUGUCUGCAGGAGCUGGAGAGGCUACGGGAAGCGAGGGUGCUCCAGGAGGGACAAGGGCAGGUGGAUGGGUGGAUGCUGCAGUGUCUGGAACACCUGGGUCCCGAGCCGGUCACUGAGUAUCCGAAGAGCUGUCACCAGGAGGCCGCAGAGCUGACUGCGUGGAGUUUCCCCGGGGCGAGCGCGGUGGAGGCAGGCCUGGGCAGCUGGCGGGCGCUGCCGCAAUGGCGCAGCUUGUGGCUGCAGAGCCAGCAGACUCGACUCUGCUUCCAAGGGGCCCUUUCUGGGGCUCCCCCCGACCCUGGGGGCCCACCUCUGAGCCCGAGCCCCCUGCAGCACGAGCUUCCCCAGGGGGCUGAGAGGAGGCACCGUGAGCCUUCUUGGAUCCCCCACACUGAUCCGGAGGGCCACACUGGGGAGCGUGCCCAGCUGCUGCCCGGCCUCCCUGAACAAGCCGCUCUCUGCAGGCAGGAGGGUGAGCACCCGGCCCCAGACAACGGCCCUGCCUGCUCCUCCGAGCCCAUCCAGACACCCACAACCCACCCCAAGAAAUACCCCCUGAAGAAAAUUAUGAGGAAAACACAAAGCUUUGAGAUUCCACAGCUUGACAGUGGCCCCCGGGACUCCCCCUGGCCAGGCCACACUGGGGUUUUCAUCAGGGGCCUGGAGGUGACCGGCACUGUGGCCUCAGAGAAGCAGCCCCCACCGAGGCCACAUGCCGAGAGCCCCCUGGGUACUCGGACCCGGAGUCUGUCCUCUCCCUCCAGGAUCCACCCAUCCGAGGAGGACAGGAGGAGGCAAGCAGGAAGCAGCCGACUGCAGCACAUAAUGGCCGAGAUGGUUUCCACAGAGAGGGAGUAUGUCAGGUCCUUAGGAUAUGUCAUCGACAACUAUUUUCCAGAAAUGGAAAGGACAGACCUGCCUCAGGACCUUCGAGGGAAGCGCAGCAUGAUCUUUGGGAACCUGGAGAAGCUCUAUGACUUCCACCGCCAGCAUUUCCUCGCAGAGCUGGAGCGCUGCCAGCCCUGCCCCUUGGCAGCGGGCCGCGGGUUCCUGAGACACGAGGAACAGUUUGGCAUGUACGCGCUUUACAGCAAGAACAAGCCCCGGUCAGAUGCUCUGCUCUGCAGCCACGGCAACGCCUUCUUCAAGGACAAGCAGCGGGAGCUGGGAGACAAGAUGAACUUGGCCUCCUACCUGCUGAAGCCCGUGCAGCGUAUGGGCAAGUACGCACUGCUUCUCCAGGACCUGGCCAGGGAGGCCAGCUGCUGCCCUGCCUGGGAGCAGGAGCUGGGCGAGCUCCGGGCUGCCGAGGGUGUCGUCCGCUUCCAGCUGCGCCACGGCAACGACCUGUUGGCGAUGGAUGCGGUCCGAGGCUGUGAUGUAAAUCUGAAGGAGCAGGGGCAGCUGAGAUGCCAGGACGAGUUUAUCGUCUGCUGUGGAAGGAAAAAGUAUCUGAGGCACGUCUUCCUCUUUGAAGACCUCAUCCUGUUUAGCAAGACCAAAAAGGUGGACGGAGGCUACGACACCUACAUGUACAAACAGUCCUUCAAGACAGCCGAGAUUGGGAUGACGGAGAACGUCGGAGACAGUGGCUUGAGGUUUGAGAUCUGGUUCCGCAGACGGCGGAAAUCCCAGGACACCUACAUUCUCCAGGCCAGCUCUGCAGAGGUCAAGACAGCCUGGACCCACACGAUAGGGCAGAUCCUGUGGCGGCAGGCUCUGCGGAACAGAGAGCUCAGAAUGCAGGAAAUGGUGUCAAUGGGGAUGAGCACCAAACCGUUCGUGGACAUCCAGCCCAGCGAUGCAGCCAUAAGUGAUCGGGCCGUCAAGAAGGGGGCAGAGUCAUGGACGCGAGCACCCAUGGCCGUGCCCCCCUGUGACCACGCCACCUCCUCUAAGAGGCCACACUCUACCAUCUCAGACAGCAGCACCUCCUCCUCUGGCAGCCAGUCCUCCUCUGCCCUGGGGCCACCGGGCCUGCAUGCCACUGCCAGCCCAGCCCUGCGGAGCUCCGCCUCCUGCCCCUGGCCGUACGACAUGCGCACCUGCUUCGAGGAGGAGGAUGAGCUGGAGCAGGAGACCGGCAGCCAGCCUUCCACGAAAAUCCUUCCCACAGCCCCAGCGAGGCCCUUCCUCGGCGACACUGCCUGGGACACACGUCCUCCCAAGCCCCCAUUGUGCCACCAUGACAACACCUCCGAGGGCACCGCUGACCACAAAGGCGUGUCUGCCCCGAUGGAGGCAUCGUGCCUGAAGUCUGCUGGGGGUGCCCGGGUGUGCCAGGUGCCCCGCACCUGCUCAGAACAGCAGCAGCCACCUUCGUCGGGCCUGUGCUCUGGGCGGGCCCACAGGGAGCGUGGCUGGGGGUACGCCCACGUCGCCAGCCCACGGCCACUGCGGUUUCCUGGUGCCGCCCUCCCUAGCUCCCACGUGGGCUGGUGCAUCUCCCAGUGA